UAGAUUUAAAAGACAGCCCCCAAAAAUUGUUAUACUAUAUCUACAAUGAUUCUCUGGGCAUUUGUUACUGUUCUUUGUGUUGCGCGCACUGCACAUUCACGUAUUGAACAGCCAGAAAAAGUUAUGAUUGUGGAACUUGGCAAUAGCGUGACUCUGCGGUGUAUUUCGUGUAACAAUAACAUUUUUUGGUACAAGCAAGUUGCUGGUCAACAACCUCGAGUCAUUUCAGCAUUUCAGAAACUGUCAGAGCCCAUUUUUUACAACAAAUACAAAAAUGAACGUUUCUGGGGCAAAAGACUGAGCUGCAGCACCAAUCUGACAAUCUCAGACAUCAUCCAGUCAGAUGAAGCAGUGUACUAUUGUGCAUCAAGAGAAUUUUAUACUGAGUUUGGAAAUGGAACACAUCUGAAAAUUAAAGGUCAUCAAGCUGCAGCAUAUAAGAACUCAAAUUUAGAUCAUCUGAACAGCUCCAUCAAGUGUAGACAAAAAUUCAAUGAAAACAGCACAACAGAAAUGUGUAAUUAUUUAUGAAUCCACUUCUUUCAUUUUCUGACUAAAAUGAAUCUUCUACAAGUUUGUGUAUGUAUUCUCAGAAUCAUUAAUAUCCAUAUCUUUCAGCAAAUGUUUCAGAUGAAAGGCUCUGUCCAGCAGUGCUUGGUUUGGCGUGUGCUUUAGGACUUUGUGGAGGACUAAUUUUUGCUCUCAUUGCGUUCAUAUUUAGCAGAGUCCAAAGCUCUGGACAAGGCAAUCAAAUCAGAGGCCAUGCGAAUGCUCAGGUAAGAUGAUGAUUUUGCUGUCUUUAAAGAGGAAUUUGUAUAUUUUUAAUAAUGCUUUUGUAUAAUUGUUUCUAGCAUUACACGCUGAUGUUGUUUACUCUGUUGUUUUGUUCUGUUCAGAAAAAAAAAUGCCCAAUAGUUUCAUUAUCAUUAUUAUUAUUUGUUUCAUUUACAUUACAUUUCUAUUCAAUAAUUAGCAUGAAAUAAUCAGAAAUAAUCAGAGCAACAAAACAGCAUGUAAAUAAUAUUGUAAAAUUAUGAUUUCGAGUUGCAUGAAUUUUAAGAAUAAAUUGUAUCUUAUUUCUAUGUAAGUGUUAAUCAUUUGAUUUUUGUUUACACAUGUGUGGAAUUUAAAUUUAAGUUAAUCUGGCACUUUUUUAUUCAGGACUCUGAUGAUGAAAAUUUGACAUAUGCAGCCUUGAGAUUCACUCAGAAAAACGUUCAAUCUGGAGGAAAAUCUCAGCAAAAAGUGCGCUUGAGUGCAUAGGUUUUUUUGUUUUUUUAGUAGGAGAAAAAAUUGUUAAAUAAUGAAUUGAAAAAAUAUGUAGUGCAUUAUAUUUACGUUAUUCAAUUUACAUUGCAUGAGAUAAACUUUAUGGAUCAUU